AUGAUUGGGGGUAUAUUUUACAACCGCGAAAGAAAGGAAGAUAGAAUUGGAAGUCCGGUGAUGGCUAUGGUUCCUCUGCCCUCGCCCCUCUUCGCUUGGCCCAAAGUUUACCAUGGAAAAACCGCUAUUCGGGUUUCGUGUUUCUCAAACAGUACAUCAGAACCUAUUGAAGCAAGAAAGCCCAAGGUGUUUGAUAAUCUGUUCCUUAGUUUAUUCCGGAACAAAAUGGUCCAGGAGACAGGAUGGGACUCCGAAAAGCCAGGGUACCAGGGUCUAAUUGAAGUGGCGCAUCGUCUGACGGUUGGUCAAGACAAUUCCAAAACUAGAGACGCCGCGGUUCGUAUAUUGAAAUCAUUAUUUCCUCCUUUGUUGUUGGAGCUCUACCGGAUGCUUGUUGCACCUAUACAUAGUGGUAAAUUUGCAGCCUUGAUGGUCGCAAGGGUGACUGCAUUAUCUUGCCAAUGGCUUAUGGGUCCAUGUGCUGUUAAUUCCGUAGAUCUUCCAAAUGGUUCCUCAUUGAUGAGUGGGGUUUUUGUGGAGAAAUGCAAGUAUUUGGAAGAGAGCAAAUGUGUGGGUGUAUGUAUUAAUACAUGUAAACUCCCUACACAGACUUUCUUCAAGGAUCACAUGGGAGUUCCAUUGCUGAUGGAGCCAAACUUCACGGACUAUAGCUGUCAGUUUAAAUUUGGGAUUCUUCCUCCUCAGGAAGAAGUUGAUGACGCUCUUAAAGAGCCAUGCUUAGAGAUAUGCCCCAGUUCUGUUCGUCGAAAAGAAAUGAACUACAACAUGGAUGCACACAAGUGUCCAAAAGCAUGAAAUCUGGUCAUUCUGUUAAUCUCUUAAUUAUCCUGCCAUUAUAAUACUAUCUUGGGGUCCAUAGUUUGUCUUUCACACGUAGGGGCCCAUUUGGACCUGCGAUAUGAUCGCAUUGUUAUAAAGUUGAAUUUUUGUUUGGACAUGCAAUUUGCAUUUCUUAAGAUUAUUCUUUUCACGAACAUGAAAUCCUCACAAGUUGUGAAAAUUAUGAACUUUGUUCGGUUUCUUGUACAA